UUAUGUCUAAAACACCCAAUCGUCUUAUAUUACCAGAGCUAGAAAAUAAGAGCUUUAGAGAUUCCAAAUAAAUUUAAGAUUUAAGAAGAAAAUUAGAAUAAUAGAAAGACACUAUAUAAGAACUUGUUAAUUUAGUGAAAGAGUCUAAAACAGAAUCCUAUAAGCCUUCAUUCAAUCAAUCUGUCAUAUAACCUAAACCUGAAAAAGAUGAAGUUACUAUACAAUUACUUGAAGAAGUAAAAACAUUGCGAAGAUAAUUAAACAAUAUUGAAUAAGGUCCAAAACAAUCAGUUUAACAUCCCAUUAUCAUUCCACAAUAUUUACCAGGUCCACCAUAAUAGCAAUAAUAAUAAGUAUAACCAAUUAUACCUCCAUAUAUGUAUAUGAAUCCAUAUUUCCAUAUGCCUCCUCCAUUCAUGUAUCCAUAUCCAUAACCAUCUAAUCAAGAUGACCCUUACAAAAAACUAGUUUUAGAGUUACUAUAAAAAAAUGGUGGAAAAAAUAGAGAUCGUAUUAGAAAUAGAAGGGAUUCCUAUUCCAGUGAAUAUACUGAUCAUUAAGAUGACAGAAUAGAUAGAUAUAGACAUCGUACAAAUGAUAAAUACCAUUCAAGAAAGAAUAGAGACAAAAAAUAAAAAAUAGAUAGACAUAGAGAUAAUUCUGAUUAUAAUAGAACUAAUAGCAAGGCAUCCUUGAAUGAUAGUUAAAUUACUCAUAAUUCUAAUUCAAAUGGAAAAACUAAAAGAAAAAAUAAUCAAAAGAUUUUUACACAAGAAGAAAAACUUAAAUUAAGGAGAAAAUUAUCUGGACUUUUUUGGUAUAUUAGAAUAGGUUUAGUCCUUAGAAAAUAUUUGAAAAGAGUUUGGGUACAAAGAAGACAAGACUAUUACGAUACUGAAGCAUAGUAAUUAAUUGAUAAAUUCGAUCAUGAAUUUGUAAUUGAUUUAUCAAAUUAAAUAGAACUACAAAGAAGUUUUUAUAUUGUUUGUUGUUGACUGUAACAAAAACAAGUAUUUUACUAAAAAUUGGAAUAUUUUUGACAACAAAGAAGUUGAACUCAAAUCUAAAUUAAUUUUUUCUAUAAUUACUUCCCUUUUUAAGAAAAUACCUUUUAUGACUAAAACUUCCAUGACUGAUGAACAUAAAUAAUUUAUUAAAAAAAUAUCAUCUCCAGGAGGAUAUUUAUUACCAGGUCAUCCUUAAUUUGUAACUGAUAGAGUUGAAUUAAGACCCAAUGUUACAAUAGGGUAAUUUGUUUUAAUUAUUUAGAUAAAUCAAUGCUGAAGUUUCAAAAUUAAUUUAAAUGGAUUAUGUUUAUAUUCAAAUUCUUGUUUAAAGAGUUAUACUCAUUUAUGAAUGGUAUUCUUAAUUCUCUAAAAUCCCUAAUUAUAAGGAAGCUAUGAAAAUAUUAACAACUUUGUUGCAUUAAUUGUUCAUUGAUCAUUUUAUUAAUCUUCCUACAUAUGAAAAUCCUGAUGCAGUCUUUAAUGUAAAUUCUUUCUCAUUAUUUACUAGAAAUAAUAAAUUGUUUAUUGUGAUUUUGCAUAACCUAAUUAUAUUGAUGUAGCUAUAAGUAUUGAUGAUAAACAUCAGAAAUACUAACCGACCAAAAAUUGUUGUAUAUUAGGCUUAGCUUCAUAAGAUGAAAUGAAACCACUCUAUCAAUAGCCUGGUUAUAAGGAUCUCUAAAUUCUAUUCAAAGAAUAUUGUGAAUAUUUUUAUUAAUCCUUAAGCUUUUGA